CACCGGCCGGGCAAAGGUCCUGCUGUGCCCUCUGUCCCCAGCCCCACCCCGCGCCCGGCCAUGGAGCUGCUGGGGGCUCUGAGCCCCCCGUGGUGGCUCCUGCUGGCCCUGCCGCUGGCCCUGCUGCUCUGGGCCACGCGCAGCAGCCCCUGGGACCCCCGCAAGUGUCCCACCGACCUGACGGGCAAGACAGUGAUUGUCACCGGAGCCAACAGCGGCAUCGGCAAGUGCGUGGCCAUGGACCUGGCGCGCCGGAACGCCCGCACCAUCCUGGCGUGCCGGAGCCGGGAGCGGGGCCAGGCGGCCGUGGAGGAGAUCCGGGCGGCCACGGGGAACGCGGCGGUGCUGCUGCGGCCGCUGGACACCGGCUCGCUGGCCUCGGUGCGCGCCUUCGCCCGCGCCGUGCUCCGCGAGGAGCCGCGCCUCGACGUGCUGGUCAACAACGCCGGCGUCACCGGUUUGCCCUUCGCCAUCACGUCGGAGGGCUUGGAGCAAACCUUCGUCACCAACUACCUGGGCCCGUUCCUGCUCACCAACCUGCUCCUGGACCUGCUGAAGGCCUCGGCGCCCGCCAGAGUGGUCAACGUGUCGUCGUUCCGGCACAGCGCGGGCACGGCCGACAGCGGGUACCUGACGGGGCAGCGGCGCCCGGGCGGGCACGACGCCGCCUACAACAGCACGAAGCUGAUGAACGUGCUCUUCACCAACGAGCUGGCACGGCGCCUGCAGGGCACAGGGGUGACGGCCAACGCGCUGAGCCCCGGCGUGGUGAGCACCAGCAUCAUGCGCCACUUCAGCUGGGCCGUGCGGGCGCUCUUCGUCCUCCUCCGCCCCUUCAUGAAGUCGGCCGAGCAGGGCGCUGCCAGCACCAUCUUCUGCGCCGUGUCGGAGGAAGCCGCGGGCAUCAGCGGGAAAUACUUCGACAGCAGCUGCCGGCUGGCGCUGCCCUCGGCGGCCGCCCGCGACCCCGCGCUGGCACGGAAGCUCUGGGAGGCAUCGGAGCGGCUCACGGGGCUCUCGGGGCAGGACUGAGCCAGCGGGAUGUCACCCCUCAGCGCGGGAAGGGGGGACACGGGCGCCGCUCUGCUCCCGCUGUGCUGCCCAGGGGACACCACGGCGCCGGGCAGCUGUGGCUGUGACGCUUUUAUUAAAAACCCCGGCGCUAC